UCAGCGUCCAAGUGCAAGGUUGUGCGUUUUUUCGGUGAAAUUUUUUUCCACCAUGUCGAUGCUUCUAAUCAAGGAAACUAUCUUGCUGGUCAUCUGCUUAUCAACUAUUGUAUCAGCAAGUAAACAUGCACCUCAAGUCCAUGAAGAGCACAAUGAUCGUUUACAUGAACUUGUUCGAAACGCAAGACACUCUAACGGUGUCCAAAUGAAUUACUUUCCACCAGCAUUCCAUUAUCAACCUUCCAGUCAGCAAGAUCGUCUCAGAGCAAAAUAUCUUCGCCAGCAAACAGUCGAUAUUUUAAACUUGAAAAACACGAAAAUGUUUCCUAUCAAUGCUGACGCCUUUUUCGAAUUACAACAGCAGUCAGCAGUACAUAAACCUGCGCAUGAUUUUAGCGGUGACGACUGGAAACCAUUUCAACCAAGACAUGCUGUCCCUAAAGCAAAUUAUAAAAAAACAGCAGUACCUAAACGUAACGAAAAGAACGUAUUAAGUGAUUUGAACUUUGCUGGUAGCGAAGUAAACCAAGAAAAUGUACCAGCACCGCCAGCUUUGACAUCGGAUCAAGACGAAAAUACUCGCUUUAUAUAUGUUCAACCUAGUCUUCUUAGCAACAAUCUAGGAAUUGAACCAAAAGCAGCAAGCCAGAUAUUAAAAAAUGCUGCUCCUCAGUUACCAAACAUUAAGCCUAACGAAGUUCAACUCAGCGAACUGGAAAGUCUGCUCGGUAAAAAUCCAGAACUACAACUUGAAGGUUUACAAAGAAUUUUAGGUGACGAUCCCGUUUUACGAAAGGCUUUACCAGAAGUAAUCCAAAAAGAGUUUUCUCCUGUUUUUAUCGAACAUAACGGAUCCAAACAAGCUGAGGAACACGUGAAGGCCCAGCACAAAGCAAUCGAAUUAGCUCAAAAGCAAGCCGAAGAGGAAGUUUUAGCUAAAAUUGCCGCUCAUAAUAAUGGUGGCGCGCCUAUAAAUCCGCUAGAAUUACCUAACGAAGAAAAUUUCGUUACUCCUGAAUCUGUUAUAGUUUCGUCGGAAACACCUCAGAGUUAUGUGUCAUCUACAACAGCAGCACCAGAAGUAUUAAAUGAAAGUUAUUUGGAACGGCAACCACAGGAGCUGCCUGAUUCAAUUCAAGUUGAUAGUGCACCAAGCGCACCAGAAUCUCUACCUCUUCAAGGAAACCAAGAAGAGCUUGUUAUUCCUCAUAGUGUACGUUAUAAUACAGUUUAUGCACCUUCAUAUAAUGAACCAAAGGUGAACAUAACCUCAACUAUUCCUAGAGGACGAGUGUAUCAACCAGUACACUAUACGAAAACAGCAUCUGGUUCCCCUAAACUCCAUAUCGUUUCGAAUGUUCCGACUUAUCAAAAACAAGUUUAUGCACCAGAACAAGUACAGAAUUACAUUUCCUUACCUACUCCAGCCUCGCCUGUAAUCGUUCAGUCAGUACAACCCCAUAUUACAGCUCCAGAACCAAACAGGGCUUCCGUAGUACAACUGGCUGUUCCUCCAUUGGCACCUACUAGAGGAGCUGUACAAAAUCACUUAUAUUCGAAAGAAAAACAGUAUAGUGAAGUGUAG